AGUAGGUGUCCAUGCCAAGUGCGCCAAACUCCAAGAGCUAUCCAUCCCAGCUAUCUUUCCAUGCUGCUGAAAUCUGCAACGACACCACUCAGAGCUACAAGCAAGAGCAGAGCUGCAGAACAGAGCUGCUUAGCACUCCUCCAACUCUGCAAUUCCCUUCCCAAACUCUCUCAAUUGUACACCCACAUCCUCAAGCUAGGCCUUCGAUCUAACCCUCUUGUCCUCACCAAAUUUGCCUCAGUUUCCUCUGACCUUGGCGCCAUAAACUGCGCUUCAGCCUUCAUCUUCAGCCCAGAUACGGAAUCCCAUAUCUUCGAUACCUUUCUUUUCAACACUGUGAUCAGAGGCUUCGCUCAAACCCGUGGCUCUACGCACAAUGCUGUACUAUACUACCAGAAAAUGCGUAAUCUUGAAGUUCCGCCUAAUAAGUUUACCUUCCCGUUUGUUCUUAAGGCCUGCGCUGGCAUUGGGGACUUGAAGCUUGGCGAAUCGGUUCAUGGGUUACUGGUGAAGUUUGGGUUUGAUGAUGAUAGGAAUGUUCUGAACACUAUGGUUCACAUGUACUGUUGCUGUGGUAGUGGGAUUGAGUACGGCCGCAAGGUGUUUGAUGAAAUGGAUGACUGGGACUCGGUUGGUUGGAGUGCGAUGAUAGGUGGGUAUUCACGCUGGGGUAUGUGCAGCGAGGCAAUUGGCUUAUUCAGGAAGAUGCAAAUGGCAGGGGUGAAGCCUGAUGAGAUCACAAUGGUCUCUGUCUUGUCCGCAUGCAGGGAAUUGGGAGCUCUUGAUCUCGGGAAGUGGCUCGAGGAGUAUAUAGAGAGGGAAAAACUUCAGAAAAGCACUGAGCUUUGCAAUGCUCUCAUUGAUAUGUUUGCAAAGUGCGGGGAUGUUGAUAAGUCGUUGAGUUUGUUUUCUCGAAUGGGCAAGAAGAACGUCGUGUCCUGGACAUCUGUGAUAGACGGAUUGGCAAUGCAUGGUCGGGGCUCUGAGGCAGUUUCAUUGUUUGAAAAGAUGAGAAGUACUGGAAUCAUACCAGAUGGAGUUUCUUUCACUGGGUUGCUUACGGCUUGUAGCCAUUCAGGAUUGGUUGAAGAUGGUAGGAAGUAUUUUACCGCAAUGACAAAGGAAUUCGGCAUAACCCCCAAAAUAGAACACUAUGGAUGCAUGGUUGAUCUCUUCUGCCGGGGUGGGCUUGUUAAGGAAGCAUUACGAUUUGUUGAGAGAAUGCCCAUUGAGCCGAACGCGGUCAUUUUGCGCACCUUAGUUACUGCUUGCCGUUCUCACGGGGAGCUAAAACUCGGAGAACAGAUAACCAGAGAGUUGAUCAAAGAUGAACCAAUGGAGAACUCAAAUUAUGUACUCCUCUCCAAUAUUUACGCGAAAAUGAUGAACUGGGAGAAGAAAACCAUGGUUAGAGAGGAGAUGUUGAAGAAGGGAAUGAAUAAGACUCCAGGGAGCACGAUGCUUGAGCUUGGCACUGAAAUAUAUGAAUUUGUUGCUGGAGAUAAAAGCCAUAGUAAGUAUGAAGAGAUUUAUGAGAUGCUGGAUGAUAUGGGAAAACAAAUCAAGAAUGCUGGGUAUGUAGCAUCAACAUUAGAAGUGCUGCUUGAUAUUGAUGAAGAAGAUAAGGAGGAUGCUUUGAAUAGGCAUAGUGAAAAACUGGCUAUUGCUUUUGCGCUGUUGAAGACUCCGCCUCUAACUCCCAUACGCAUUGUGAAGAACUUGCGUGUUUGUGAGGAUUGUCAUUCAGCCACUAAGUUCAUUUCUUUGGUUUAUAAGCGUGAAAUUUUGGUGCGGGACAGGAACCGUUUUCACCAUUUCAGAGAGGGCAAAUGUUCCUGUAAAGACUUCUGGUAGCCUGGUAGGUAAUGCAGUGUUUAUACAAGAUUGCAGUGCACAGGUCCAGAUAUUUAUACGUAAAACUCAAACACUUGAGAAUUUUUGUUUUGUAUUUUUGGAGAACACUAAACUAAUUUAUUGUUCAUGGGUCAUCGUGAAAUAGUCUCUCUGUACUUUGGCACAGGGGUAAGGUUGCAUACAUCCGACCCCCCCCCCACCCCACCGUAGUGAAGCAUUUGCGGCAGUGGGGUAAUGUCGUUGUUGUUGUUGUACUAAACUAAUUUAUAGUAUCUGUUGAGUGAUACUCUCAACCUUGAUUUUGAUGGGGUUUGAACAUCUGACAUCGGCUUUGUAAGAUAACAUUGAUGUUAUUCGACCAGAAGGGGCUUGACAAU